UUCAUAAUCCUCAUCGUUGACUAUUUUCCUAUAUAUUCUCGUGUAUAUUAUUAUUAUCCAGCAUUAGGUUAAAACGCAACUAUAGUUGAUCAAACUAAAAACAUUUUAGACUCAAAUUUUUCACAACUUAGCGAUCGAUUGUUCUUUAUCAUUAAUUUGCAUAAUUUAAACGUCAUCAUUCUUAAAAUUUAUUAACAUUCUGAAAUAUUUUAAUCCGAUUACGUGAGUUGUUUUUACAAAGUAGAGGGAAGAAAGAUCGUGCUGCGUACCGUCGAGUGUCAGCUUCAAACUCUUAAUUCAUAAAUAGGACUGAACUUGGUCUAAGUACGUUGAGUAAGUGUAUGUUUCAACAUAUUCCAAAUUUUCUGUUUUAAACAAAUUUAAAGGUUUGUAAAGUAAAUAUGGAAACUAUACUAGAGCAACAAAGAAGAUAUCACGAAGAACGUGAGAGACUAAUGGAUUGCAUGGUAAAAGAAAUGUUACACAAGAAAACAACGAAUAGAGAACAAAUUAAUUCAGACCACAGGCUGCAAUUUGUAAUUGAUAGAUACAUGGAAUGUACUAGCAAUUUGAAAGAGCUUUAUGAGGACAAAGAUGGCCUACGAAAGGAAGAAAUUUCUACAUUAUCUGGUCCAAAUGAAUUUGCCGAGUUCUAUACUCGUUUAAGAUCCAUUAAAGAAUUUUAUAGAAAGCACCCAAAUGAGGUAAGUAUCCCAAUGUCUGUGGAGUUUGACGAAUUUGCAAAGGCUAGAGAAAACCCAUCUGAAGAUACACAAAAUCUUGUAGAGUUCACUGAUGAAGAAGGUUAUGGAAAGUUUCUGGAUUUGCAUGAGUGUUAUGAAUGUUUUAUCAACCUUAAAGGUAGUGAGAAACUAGAUUAUCUAUCGUACUUGACAACAUUCGACCAACUGUUUGACAUUCCAAAAGAAAGAAAAAAUUCAGAGUACAAGAGGUAUCUAGAAUCUCUUCUGGAUUACUUACAAGACUAUAUUGGUAGAGUGAAACCUGUCCUGGAUUUGAAUGAGGAAAUGGAAAAUGUGUUGACUGAGUUUGAAAAACAGUGGGAAGCAGGAACCUUUCCCGGUUGGCCUAAAGAAACAGGAAGUGCAUUGACGCAUGUAGGUGCUCAUCUUGACUUGUCAGCUUUCUCUUCAUGGGAGGAGUUGGCUUCACUUGGAUUGGAUCGUCUUAAAUCUGCUUUAAUGGCUCUUGGGCUAAAGUGUGGAGGGACCUUGGAGGAAAGAGCGCAGAGACUUUUCUAUACAAAAGGUAAAAAGUUGAGUGAACUAGAUCCUGCUUUGUUCACUAAAUCUAAACCAGGUAAAGCAGGCAAGAAUAAAGACAGUGAAAAGCAAAAGGAAAUUGCCAUAUUAGAAGCACAAGUGUAUCGUUUAGUGGAAAUUCUGUCAGAACAACGACAAGCCACUAAGGAAAAUGUUCAGCGUAAGCAAGCAAGGACCUUUGGGGAACGAGAAGAAUCUGAUGAUGAGGCCUCUGAGUCUGAGUCAGAAGAAGAAGAUGACAAUGAUGUUAUUUACAAUCCAAAAAAUCUUCCCUUAGGGUGGGAUGGAAAGCCCAUUCCUUAUUGGUUAUACAAACUGCAUGGUCUAAACAUUAGUUACAGCUGUGAGAUCUGUGGGAAUUACACAUAUCGUGGACCAAAGGCUUUUCAGAGACAUUUUGCUGAAUGGAGGCAUGCACAUGGUAUGCGGUGUUUAGGAAUUCCAAACACAGCUCACUUUGCUAAUGUUACACAAAUUGAAGAUGCCCUAGGAUUAUGGCAGAAGCUUAAAGAACAAAAGCAGAAAGAACGUUUCCAAGGGAAUGUUGAGGAGGAAUAUGAAGAUAAUCAGGGAAAUGUUGUCAACAAGAAGACAUUUGAAGAUCUUAAAAGACAAGGAUUGUUGUAAACUUGUAUAAUUCUGUGUCUGCUUACAGUAAAUGAUAUUAAAGAAUGUUUCAUGCCCUUGGUAAA